AUGGCCGAUCAAGUCGCCGCUGUCGUGAAGAACAUGGAUGCACAGAUGGCGCAAGCCCAGGCUCAGAUCGAUGCAUCCAUGGUUAAGCUCGAUGCUAUUGCCGCGCAGAUUCCGACGAUUCCGGGACAGAUGGCGGCAGCGCAGGCUGUCAAUAACACGGAACAGGUGAACAGCCUCCAGCAGCAGAUGGAGAAGCUUGGAAUGUCCCUGUGUCACACAGCAGCGGAGUUCAAGCAGGGUGAAGAGUUGGCGAAGGUGCUCACUACCGGCGUCGAGCACACGAUGACUCAGUUGACCUCCCACGUGCUCAAGGGUGCAGCGGAUCUUGCGCCGUAUAUGACCCAGCUCAAAGCCACAGCGAUGAAGGGCGAGGAGCUCGCUGCCAAGGCAAAGGCCGUCCACCCGAUCGCGGCCGCAUGCCUUCCGCCGAGCCAGCGAGCCGCUACGCCGGCCACCAGGUUGCUCGUGGAGCCUGGAGUGGCGCAGUCUGCAGAAAAGGUGGGGCGGGAUGUGAUGGCCAAAAUGCUCGAACCGGCAGCGGCAGCAGCAGCAACAGCAGAAGAGGCAAACGUGGAUGCCACGCCGGAGGAGGAAGUCUCUGCAUCAGCAUCAGCAUCCAUGGCCGAUCAAGUCGCCGCUGUCGUGAAGAACAUGGAUGCACAGAUGGCGCAAGCCCAGGCUCAGAUCGAUGCAUCCAUGGUUAAGCUCGAUGCUAUUGCCGCGCAGAUUCCGACGAUUCCGGGACAGAUGGCGGCAGCGCAGGCUGUCAAUAACACGGAACAGGUGAACAGCCUCCAGCAGCAGAUGGAGAAGCUUGGAAUGUCCCUGUGUCACACAGCAGCGGAGUUCAAGCAGGGUGAAGAGUUGGCGAAGGUGCUCACUACCGGCGUCGAGCACACGAUGACUCAGUUGACCUCCCACGUGCUCAAGGGUGCAGCGGAUCUUGCGCCGUAUAUGACCCAGCUCAAAGCCACAGCGAUGAAGGGCGAGGAGCUCGCUGCCAAGGCAAAGGCCGUCCACCCGAUCGCGGCCGCGUGCCUUCCGCCGAGCCAGCGAGCCGCUAGUGCGCCCACCCCAGCUCCCGCCAGCAAGCUCUUCGCCAUGCAGAGGCCAGGAGGCCCUGCCGGCUCUGCUCUUCACCUGCCCUCGGCUCUGCUCGGGGCCUUCCUCGCCUUCGCCAGCAUGGCCGCUGCCUUCGCGGCUCUGGCUCUCCGCCGUGUCCUCCACCGCCCCAAGGAUGACAGAUCGUUCGAACUAGUGGGCCAAAAUGCGGUCUAG